AUGUCUCGUAUAUUCGAACGAGUGGAUAGAGAGACUUUGUUAAGAGAUGAAUAAUUGAUAGAUGUAUUACGCAAGAUAAGGGAAAAAGUAUUAUCAGGACAUAUCGUAGAGCUGAAGACACUAAGUAGUGAAACAGAAUGUCUCGAGACGAAAAACAAUUAGUUCCCAUUACUGGGUAGAACUGAGUUGGAUGGACUAAUCACAUACUCGGAGCGGGAGAACGGUGCUUUUCUUGAUCAAUCUUUUUCUAAGAAGAUUCAAGGUCCCCUUAAUACGCUGGCUCAAUUAACUUAGCAUCAACACUCUCAAAGUGAAUCGGAUUUCUCUCAUCAAUCAUUCUACAGUGAUGAAGAACCAUGGAAUAUUGAGUACAUCACCAAUAAUCUCGACUCCGUGGAACGAGGUUUGAAUUGCGAUAACUCCUCUAGUGUCGUUAUUGCUCUGAAAGCACUAUUUGAGCAAAUCCGAUUACUCUUAAUUAAGAAUGUCAACAAGAAAUAAUUUCUAUACAAAUACACUGUGUUGGCCCUCCGUUCUUUAUACAUCUUGGGAAAUGCCAUGAAACUCCAAGGUGAUUAUUAACAUGCAAUUUUAUAUUAUGAAAAUUGCUUAACCAAGUUUGAUAUAAAUGAGCCGACUUUUAAGGGCAAACUAUUAAUCGAGGCAGGUAAAGUGUGUUUCAUUUCAAAAAACUUUUAGAAAUGUUAACAAUACUUUUAUGAUGCAUUAUUACAUUACGAAUAACUUAAUUGGCGUCUUGACAUUGCCUAUGUUCUUACAUAGCUUUCAAGAUUGAAUGGAUGGAUGAAAAAUCCCGAUACAGCCAGUAAAUUGUGUUAUGAAAGCUUAGCUAUCUAUAGAGAUUAUCUCCCAGAAGAGGAUGAACGCAUAGCUGAUACUUAUUUCAUCUUAGCUGAAUUAGCCUAUCUCCGUAAAGAUUAUGAUGCCGCAUUUUAAUUUGCUGAACAAUGUAUUCAAAUUUAUGAAAUGAACAACAAUAACAAUAAUAAUAACAAUAAUAAUAACAAUAAUAAUAACAAUAACAAUAACAACAACAACAAAGAAUCUAAUAUCGUCAAUUCAGAAUUCAAAACACAAUUAUCUCCUGUCUACAAUUUACUUGGUAUCUUGUAUGCACACACAAACGAUUACAAACAAGCACAAAAAUACUUCCAUAAUGCCUUUCAAUGUGUUAAACAGGAAUCACUCAAAGCUGCACAAGUGCUCAUGAAUUGGGGUAUUAUGUAAGCCUUGGAAUGCAAUUCUGAAUUGGCAUAAAAGGGCAUUCUAAAAGCUAAAUAAAUAUCUUAAGCCUUCUAAAACAAAAGUGAUUUGUCCAUUAGAUUAGAAAGGAAUUACUAAGAAUUAUUAUAAUGA